AUGGAGUUCAACCCAACCAAGUCGAUCGUCACCAACGAGGAUUGCGACAUACACUUUUGGCACCAAGGCCAAGGACCGCUCAUUGUUUUUAUCCCCGGAGGCAACGGUCAUGGACGCCAAUACAAUCCUAUCAUCACUACACUAUCAGACAAGUACACCUGCGCCACGUUCGACCGGCGCCAAAUGUCUGCUAGCCAAGCAAAAGUGAACAAAAGAUUUAACCCUCCGCAACAAGCACGUGACAUUCGUGCUAUCAUUCAAACUCUUGGCUUUGACAAGGCCAUCCUCUUUGGGAGCAGUGCGGGAGGCAUCCUUGCGUUUCAGUUCGCAAUCGAUUUUCCCGACAUGGUCGACCACAUCAUUUCCCACGAGGCCCCGACCUUCACCUUAUUGCCGAAUGCCACCGAGGUCUUUGAGUUUCUGUAUGACUGCCUCGAGUUGUACGAGAGUUCCGGUAUUCAAGCUGCAGAGAAGCGUUUCGGCUCAAAACUUAUCGGGUAUUCCGAUGAAGGGGUGCUGAAGCCCGUAUCGCCAGAGCCAGUUAACCCAGAGAACUUCUGGGCUAACGAGUUCACCAUCCUUCUAGGUUAUCUGCCAAGUCUGUACCGCAUAAAGGAGAACAAGACCAGCAUCGGGCUUAUGAGAGGUACGAGAAGUAGGGACGCUUGGUAUGCGCAGGCGGUGGAUGAGCAGGAGAAGAUCUUGGAGUGUCCUCGACUCAAUGUUCCAGGGGCCCAUGAAGGUUUCCAGGUCGAAUUGGAGGCGUUUCUUCCUUACUUCUUCCAGCUUCUGGAUGCUCUCGAAGAGAAAAAGUCCAAGAAUUUGUAA